AUGGAAGAUCUAGACUUAAUGAUGAAAGUCAUCGUUGUUGGUGACGGAAGAAAAAAGCAUUUUAUUAAAGAUAUUGGGGAGGAAGUUGAAUUCUAUAUUUGGGACACGGCUGGUUAAGAAGAAUUCAACUCCCUUACUAGAAGAUAUUAUAAAGGAGCAUCUGCUUGUAUAUUAGCUUUCUCAACUACUGACCGAGAUAGCUUUGAUCAUGUUGAAAAGUGGAAAAACGCUGUAGAAGAUGAGUGUGGGGACAUCCCAAUGAUAAUGGUUUAAACUAAAAUUGAUUUGAUAGAUAAUGCAGUUAUGACAGAAAAAGAGGUAAAUUAACUUGCUAAAAAGCUUUAAAUGCCAUUAAUGAGAAUAUGUUCAAAAGAUAAUAUAAUGAUCACUGAACUUUUUGAGUUUUUAGCUAUAAAGUUCUUUUCUAAGGAUAUGCAUAAAUAAGAAGGGCAUGCACCUAUUUAAAGUAUUUAGGACAUAAAACAGCAGAGUAUUAGUACGAGUUUAGCCUCCUGGAAUAAUUAAUCAGCAAAUGGAUCAGGAGGUGGAUAGAAUAGAUCAUAAGGCCAUAAUAGAAGCUAGACUAGUAAUGCAUCAGCUCGAGAUGGUUCAGUACUAAAUGCUCUAUUCUGUGAUAAUCUUAAUCUUGUGUGUUAAUUUUCUAUAUUAUUAAUUUAUUUAAUGGAAAAAACUAAUUCAAAUAAAUUAAAUAAUCCAAAUAAGCCAUUGAAAGCUGACUCUGUUUUGAAUGAGGAUAAACAUCUUAUUGACUAUACUCCUGAGCAUGUCGAUGAAUUAGAUCUAUAGAAUAUGCAUAUCAAUCUACUAUUUUUCUUGAAGAAGGUUGAAGAUGAAAAUAUAAUAGAAUCUCUAGUUCGAGGCGUUGAGUACAUUCUAGACAAGCAAAUAGAGCAGAAAUGCAAAGUUGUGUCCAAAAUUUAUUUAGAAUAAUGGGUGAUUAAGAAACUUCCUCAGAAGUUGUUUAAUUAGAGCAUGAUUCAAUUAGAAGUUUGGGAAUUAGAUUAUUUCACAGGAGAGGUGCUUUCAGAUGUAGAAUUAGAUCAACAGAGACGAUUUUCAGACUAAAUAAAUAGGGAAGUGCAUUUCGAUUACAUAAUUACAAUUGGAGGUGACGGAACUAUUCUGAGAUUACUAUAACAAAUUAGAGAAUAUGAAAAAUACAGAAACCUUCCUCCAAUUAUCACAUUUUCUAUGAAUAAUGUCGAAGAAUUAGAAAUAAAGACUGUGAUACAAAAAGGAAAUUAACCAAGCACUUAAAACAAUCCAACAACAAAUCAAAAUGAGAUUCAAUUACUAGCACUUAACGAGAUUACAAUAAUGAGGAAUUAAGAGAACAUGCUUCAAGUGGAAGUCUACAUAAAUAAUGUAUUGCUCACUGUAGUUUAGGCUACUCCUACAGGAAGCACUGCCUAUAAUUUAUCUUGUGGAGGACCAAUUGUUCACUAAAAUGCUCAAAUUCUUUGUCUAACUCCAAUAGCCCCUCAUUCGCUAUCAUUUAGACCUGUAAUUUUACCCGCGAAUGAGGAAGUUAAAAUCAAAAUUCCAGAUUCCUCUAGAACUUCAGCGAAAGUAACUAUAGAUGGUCACACAAAAAUUGACUUAAACCCUGAGGAUUUCAUUUUGAUAAGGAAAUCAAAUCAGGACAUUCCAUGUAACAAUAAAAUUAUAUUUAAAUGA